GAGCAUUUUCUUAAAGUUAUUUUAUUUAUCAGUCAGUUAAAGAUGCUUGUGCAAGUGUGUAUGGGUCUCCUCUCUUUGACACACACAGCUGUACUGGGCCUGACUGUGGAACAAAGUUGCCCGUCCGUGACAAAGGCAGAAAAGAAAAGUGCAUUUAUUAGCUGCACAGUGACCAAUCUGAAUGACAGCAACUAUGUCCACUGGUACCAACAGAAGGAUGGUGAACCUUUUAAAAGGAUACUGUACAUCAAUAAAGGAGGUAUUAACAUCAUUCGAGAUCGUAACCACCCUGAGGCCAGUGAGUUCACGGUGAAGCAAGAGCAGCUGAAUGUUUAUAUUCUGAAGGUGGACAGAGUGAAACAAAGUCAUUCAGCAGUUUAUUACUGCGCCUGCUGGGACACAAGCUGGAUCAAGCACUUUGGCUCAGGCACAAGACUUGUGGUGACAGAUGUUAAGCCAAGGAAGCCUGUAUUGUCAAUAUAUUCAAUAUCCACCUUACAAGAAAACGGGAAACGCAGUCUGCUGUGUCAAGCCAGUGACAUGUCCCCAGAACUGGUGAGGUUCACAUGGGAAAGUACUGGUGGAAAGGUGCCCGAGGCAGACGAUGAGCUGCUGGAACAGCAAGACAGUGGUCGAGUCACCAGCAUGCUCAUCAUAAACCAACAGAAAGCAACAUCCAAUAAAUACACCUGCAAAGUUACACACGAGACACGGGAGAAACCUUAUGAAAUAUCUGUACCAGAGCCAGAGGAGACUGUGACAGGCCCUCCCACCACCUGUGCACCCCGUCAAAAAGAAGAGCAAAACCUUAUCCGUGGUUCAUCUGGGCUUAGCCAGAACCUCUUCCUGUUCAGAUUGACAUACGUGGUGCUGCUUGUGAAAAACGUGCUGUAUUUCUGCUCUGUGUCUGUUUUAUUGUACAAGAGAAGCGCUUGGAACAAGGAGCCCCUCAUGACUAUUGAGACAAGGAAGCCUGUAUUGUCAAUAUAUUCAAUAUCCACCUUACAAGAAAACGGGAAACGCAGUCUGCUGUGUCAAGCCAGUGACAUGUCCCCAGAACUGGUGAGGUUCACAUGGGAAAGUACUGGUGGAAAGGUGCCCGAGGCAGACGAUGAGCUGCUGGAACAGCAAGACAGUGGUCGAGUCACCAGCAUGCUCAUCAUAAACCAACAGAAAGCAACAUCCAAUAAAUACACCUGCAAAGUUACACACGAGACACAGGAGAAACCUUAUGAAAUAUCUGUACCAGAGCCAGAGGAGACUGUGACAGGCCCUCCCACCACCUGUGCACCCCGUCAAAAAGAAGAGCAAAACCUUAUCCGUGGUUCAUCUGGGCUUAGCCAGAACCUCUUCCUGUUCAGAUUGACAUACGUGGUGCUGCUUGUGAAAAACGUGCUGUAUUUCUGCUCUGUGUCUGUUUUAUUGUACAAGAGAAGCGCUUGGAACAAGGAGCCCCUCAUGAGUAAAACCCACUGAUUAAGUCCAUCACAGUGACAGCAACAAUGAAUAAAUCAACAGUUUCAUACUUCACAUAUAUUUUACUCCAUUUUCUACUGAUGAUGUGCCUCAGACUGUUAAACAUAGAUUAAUCAUGCCUGUAUAUUCCAUUCAUUAAAUUAACAAUGCCUAUAUUUUUUUUGUCAUAUUUUUAUUUGAUGUUUUGCAAAUAUCAGUUAUCACAUUGCAAUAUUGGUUCAUUAAGAUGUACGGAGACAUGUGGUCGCUUGUUUGUGUCUGCAGCAUUGGGUGUUUUACUCUGACGAUGGGCCCGUAAUAAAUACAGCAUUUAUUUUAAAUUUUCUAUACUUUUUUGUUUCAAUAUGUCUCUUUCUAUGAACAUGUCACUAUAUAGUAUAAAGUUUUCUUGGUCAUAUAAUAAUAAUAAUAAUAAUAAUAAUAAUAAUAAUAAAAGUAAU